AUGGAGUCUCCAAAAAAAGCGUCUGUCAAACAUAUUGAAUUUCAUCUUCACCGUGAAAAGGCUUUGACAAGAGACUUGGAUGCGAGAUGCAAAGCAUUUCAGGCCCAGAUUUCACAGCUUGAACAGGACAAGGCGGAGCUCCGCCGAGAGAAGCUAUCCCUUGCCGAGGAUGCCAAGAAGAUAUCCAAGCUUGAUGAGCGUGUUCAUGCUCUUCUGAAGGAAAUCGAAGCAAAGGAUGGAAUUAUCAAUCAGAUGCGCACAGCCGUGGCGGAGGCGAAGUCAGAGACCGAUACCAUUCGCUACAACGCGAACACAUCCAUUGCCUCGUGGAAAGUUGCCGAAGAGCAAUGGAUUUCUGAGCAAUCUACACUCAAUGAUUGCAUCAAUGAGCAAAAGACACAAAUCGAAACCCUGCAAAACAUCCUUAACAAGAAACAUGAUAAGCUUGAGGAGAUUGUAGGAAAUUUGAAAAAAGAAGCUGAACGAGUUGAAAGAAUCAAUUUAAUCCGAGAUAGGCUUGAGAAAGAGCUACAAGGCCUGAACGAGAGGCUUGAAUCUUUGCAAAACCGAAACCUUGAGCUUGGCCAAAGCAUUUACAAACUUAAUCUUGAUCGAGACCAAAUGAGGGAAACACUGGAUUACAAAGACACAGAAGUUAAAACCCUUGAGGCUUGCAUUGCGAAGCAUCUAAGUACUGAGGAAAAGCUGGAGCAAAUGAUUAAUUCCCUAAACGACCGCAUCAACUCUGCCAGGAUGAUCAACUUAGAGGGAAAGAGUGAGAAAGAGAAACUUUUAUGUGAUAUUGUAGAUGCUCGUAAGGAGAACCAACGGUUGAUAAUGCAAAUUGAAACGUUAAAGCGAGAUCUUGAGCUUAGUUCUCAAACUCAGACUAUGCUUCAAAAGUCUUUGGAUGAUUUUCGAAAGAAAUAUCAAACUGAGCGCGAAGACUUGAAAGAGAGACAGCUUGAGGUUCGAAAACACGAACUCACCAUUAGUCAGCUCACUUUGGACUUGAAAAAGUCGGAAAAUCAGUGCGCUGAGUGGUCCUUUCGUUGCACUUCAAUGGAAAAGGAACUUCAGCAGCUGAAGGAGGGGACACGAAAACUAAAAGACAGCGCCGUCAUUUUACAGGAAGAAAACAAGGAUUUAAAGGAGCGUAUAGAGGAGAUGAAAGCUAAGCUGAACCAGAAUGAUGAGGAGGUGGUUCUUAAAUGUACCCAACUUGAGGAUCACAUCGAGGGCCUUACUUCGGAUCUUGAAAGCAUGGAAAAGCAAGUUAAGGAUCGUCAAGAGAUCAUCAAUGAUCUUACGAACCAAAUUGGACUUAUAAACGAAAAGAAUACCAUGUACCACAACAAGAUUUUAGAAGAAUCAGGAACCUCUGAAGGAUUACAAAACGAAAUCGUUCGCCAGUUUAACGAGGCACAAUUGAGCGCGCGGGAGGUUUUUACGCUGAGAUGUAUGUCAGAAAAGCAAGAGCAGGUGAUGGCUCAUCUUAACAACAUCAUAAGCAUUUUCGAUACUGAGCGAGUUUCACUGUUUUCCUUACUAGUACUUUCCCAGAGCGAGUCUCUUUCAAGGCAAAAAAAAAUGGAUGACCUUGCGAGCACAAUUGCUAGUCGUGAAGCUAUUUGUGGUGAACUUCAAGCUCGCGCCGAGGCCCAAAGUAUGGAGGUGCAGACCCUACAAACAAAGCUUGUGGAGCAGGAUAAUCGGUGUACAGCGCAUACACAGGAAAUGGAAAAUCUCAGAACACAACUCACAACCACGUGUAGUUUGACGGAAGAAAAGCAGCAAGCCAACGAAAAGUUGAUCUCUGGUAUGCUUCGUCUCGAGAAUGAAAAACAAGAGCAGGCAGAGCGAUGGGCACUGAAGCUAGACCAACAAAAACGCUUCAUUUCUACUAUUUUAUCCCAAGAAAAAACGGCGAUCUCAAUCUUUGAUGAGAAGCUAUCCUCAUUUCAUCUGUGUGCAAUGGAAAAGAUUGAGUGCUUCGAACAGGUCAUCGGCGUAUUCCUUGAAGAUACCCAUAGCCAUUUGAGGGAGGAAGUCAAGGCCAAACGUAAUGCCCUCCUCAGAGGCAAGGAAAUGUCUGCCUUCAUCGAAGAAAUCAAGGCAUCUAGCAAUAGUAAUCUUAUUGCUGCUAUGGAGAAGCAAAACAUGCUCCAACAAAAAAUAGAUACACUUGUCAAACAGCUACAGGCGGCAAAAACAGAAACCAAACAAACGGAAAUUCACUUGAAUGCGCUGCUGUUAAGGUUUGAAAACGAGCAAAAGGCAGCCGGUGUAUUUAAAAAGGAGUCGCAGAAAGCACUUAAAGAUGAGAAAACGCGACUGGAGGAGAUGGAAAAACGGAAUCGAAAACUUCGAGAUGGGUUAGAGUAUGAGAUAAAGCGUAAAUGCGAGUACAAAGUUGCACUGGAGGAAGUGAAGCGCCUUCGUGAAGAGGGUGAACGGUAUCGCAUGAAAGAAAAAGAAACAGCUACGGAAGCCAUCAAGUCGGCUAAUGAGGAAACGAGGUACUGGGUGGAGAAUUUUGAUAAAUUUAAAACUAUCGUCGAGACAAGUCGCCGAACCGGAACACGCAUUCCCUCCGUCGAUCCUGAUACUUGCAACCGUCUAGAAUCAGCAAGAUCAAGACUAUCCGAGGCUUUGCAGCCACAACGCAUUAAUCAAUCCAUGCAUAACGACUUGAAGCUUAAACGACAACGAGUAGAUUUUUGUGAGUAG